AUGGUUUAUGCGAAACCUCAUUCGUCAGGCGCCAUGAAACGGUCUGCCUCUGCCCUCCAGGAAGGGCCUCUCGGAUGGGAUGCUGCUCCGCACAUGAUGACUCCCAUUCAGUCAACAUUCCGUCUGCCAUACACACACUACGCUAUGAUCUACCUCGACAACGAGGGCAAAGUCAAGGUCGAUGAAUCGGCUUCUAUUCUAGACCAGCGCUCGACUUUAUUCACUCCCGAAGUUCGCCAAAACUUUCUAGAAAUCCUUGGCGAGAAAAUGAGUUUGCAACGAUCCGGUGCUGCUCGCCGAACUUUAAAUGCGUCACCACGUCGGGUUCGACGCCGCCGCGGCAAUGCUGCUGGUGCCUCUGUUGCUGAUAACCGAUACGAUGAUGGCUCAGAUAGUGAUGACUACCCCGGAAGCGGUGCUGAUAUGGUUCCUCUCCGUGUUGGAGAUACCCAGAAGGUGAUUUCAUACUACGAGGGAGCUCUCAAGCACUUCCAACAACUUAACUGCCGCAUGGUUGCCAAGGCAUUCAUCAAGUUCAUUGAGCCUCGCAAACAAGUAAGACACCCUUACAAUGGAGGCAAGCCCCCAGCUGGCUCUGCCCCUGGCGCCACUGGCGACCCAGAAAAGACCAAGCCUGAGUGGUGGCCUCCCGGUGUUAUGCACAAGGAGCCCGACCACCUGCGAAAAGAGUAUCGCAUUGAGCUUCUGCUCCACAUCAUUCGCAAGCUUGGCGGAUUUGGCAUUACUGCCGAAAAGCUCAAGGAUGUCGCUGGCGACACCAAGCGUAGCCUCAAGGACCCAAGCCAUGUGGAUAUUAUCUAUGAGAUUCUUCGUGUAAGAAAGAUGGAGGAGCGAUUCGAGCGCGGUGAAGUUGAUGCCAACAUGGUAGUAUUUGUUCAAAAUCGUGGACCUAGCCCCAAGGGUGAUGGUGACGGCGAAGGAGAUGACGAAGAAGACUCCAAAGACAAUAUAAUAAUCGAGGCCCCCGAGCCUGUCGAAGAUGGUCUUAUGACCCCCACAUCCUCCAUCGAGCAAUCUGCUGCUUCAUUGACAACACCAAUCGAUACUCUCCCUAUGACUAGUGCUCGUUCUCUACCUGGCAGCUUUUCCAUGCCCGAGCCACUUAGCUUCGAUGCCAGCCGACAAGAUCGCCCCUACUAUGCCACCCCUCCUCACUACACAGACUCAUUCUCUCAACCAAUGCUCAGCACACCCGUGAGCGCCGAGAUGAUAAGCCCCCACGAAGUCUCAGUCUUUGACUAUUCCGCCCCUCCUUCAUUCACAUCAAGCCCAGAGCAGCAGCGCCCACCUUAUGACACCUGGGGCCCUCCCACAUUCCGCCAGGACAUUUUCAGCCCAGUAGGCUACAGCACCGCCCCAUCCAGCCAGGGUAUCCCUCCUCCCACAAUGUACCCCAUGCCUAUGGCCUCACCAGCCCACAUGCACGACAUGUGCCAUCAUCACCAUGUCCACCCUCCCUUGGAAUCUAUGGGCGGACGAAGCCUUCCCUUCCGCACAGGCUCUCUAGGUCACCCCCACGGCCUGCCAAUUUCUCACCCUGCUUAA